AUGGAAGCAACCAUGCAGAAAGAUGUUGUAUCGGAAUUGGUUUUCUGGGCACGCCCCGACACCCAGCCCUUCGUUUCGGACUUCACUAAGGAGAGGCCAGAGGAGUGUAUGGCUGCCAUGAAGAAGCCGGAGGAGAAGCAUAUGGUCACAGUGCAUGAUAUGCGUGGACAGGAAUCGCAGUUAACCCUUGAUGAACAUGGGUUUCAGUAUGUGCAGCAUGAAAUUCCAGGGCUGGAUAGAGCCGAGGACCCUACACACGUGGAAACUGUCAUCAUUCCUCAGACAGAGGAGUUAGUUAAAAAUGUAACUGGCGCGACAAGAACCAUCACUAUUGCUCAUCGUGUACGAUGCCUUGCAGUGGAUGAAAAUCUCCUUGCCAAUAACCGCGCACCAGCCCAUAGUGUGCAUUCGGACUUCAGUGUUCCAGGCGCAUUCCGCAUGCUUGAGACAACCAUCCCAGACGAAGAGGAAAGGAAACAGCUGCUCAAUGGCCGUGUGGAGAUCAUUAAUGUCUGGCGACCAUUAAAGACAGUGGAAAGAGACCCUCUAGCGGUGUGUGACUGGACCACACUCGACCGGAACGACAUUAUCCGUCAUCGGCUCGUCUUGCCAACUGGUUGGAAUGAGCUCGGGAAAUAUGUCUUCAAUCCAGCGCAAAAAUGGUGCUAUCUCAGCGCGCAGCAGCCACACGAAGCAUUGAUUUUCAGGCAAUUCCUCAGCCAUAAGGCAGAUCAAGGGGGCAUGAGUCUGCCUCACACGGCAUUUGUGGAUCCGGAUUCGGUCGACGGGCCUGCAAGGGAGAGCAUCGAAAUCAAGAUGUUUGCCUUUUCUGACGUUACCCACGUGCGCCAAUGA